CAGUAAGUAUGAUAAGAAAUUGUCGUUAAUAUACAUACGAUAUAGUUGUCUCGUACUUGCAACAUGUUUGUGCGUAGCUGUGUGUUAUUUAAUCGUGUUUAUUUGUGGAACUACUCGAGGUUGUCCCGAAAAUUUUCAGGACAGCCUAGUUAUCUGCACAACCCAGGAUGCGAACCUCUUACCUACUCGAAUAUGGGUAAAGUAUUAGAGGACACAGUUAAUAAGUAUCCCAAUAGAGUAGCAAUUAAAUCUAUUCACGAGGAUUUGACAAUUACAUAUGAGGAACUAUUAAGUAAGGCAGAUUCUUUGGGUCAUGCUCUUCGGAACAACGGAUUUGAGAAGGGAGAUCGCCUUGGACUUUGGAGUCACAAUUGUUCCGGUUGGAUUAUAUCAGCGAUAGGUGCUGCUCGUGCGGGCCUUAUAUCUGUUUUAAUUAACCCUUCAUAUGAAAUAUCGGAACUGGGAUAUUGUAUCAACAAAGCUGAACUGAAGGGACUCGUUUUUGGCAAUAAAAUAACCAGCAGGGAUUAUUAUGGCAUGCUGCAGCAGAUGAUACCAGAAUUAAGUAACUCACAACCAGGAAAAUUGGUUUCGAAAGAUUUUCCAACUUUAACAACGUUAGUGGCUAUCGGAAAUGAUGACUUAAACGGGAUAUUCAAAUUGAAGUCAUUGGCAAAUGAAUACAGGAAUAACAACAGGAUAUCGGAAUACGUCAAAGAGAUUAAUCCUGGGGAUGGCAGCAUCAUACAUUUUACAUCAGGGACUACUGGUAAACCCAAAGCUGGUCUCGACUCUCAUCUGGGCUUAGUAAAUAAUACCUACUUUUCUGGAUUAAGAAGUAAUUUUCGUGAUUAUCACCAGAAAAUUUGCGUACAGGUGCCCAUGUUUCACGCUUUGGGGUCAGUUGUUACAGUGAUGGGAGGUCUGCGACACGGUUGUACAUUGAUACUAGCAUCUCCAGUGUACAGUGUUCAAGCCAACAUUAACGCUUUAUGUAGCGAACGAUGUACAGCAGUAACUGGUACUCCAACUAUGUACGUGGACAUAUUAUCACAAAUACGGGAUAAAGGAAUAUUACCGAUCAAGUUGCAAAUGGCGAUGGCAGCCGGUGCACCCUGCAGUCCACAACUCAUUCGUCAGAUGCAAAAACAAAUGAAUACAGCAUCAGUUAGCUCUCUGUAUGGCAUGACUGAAACGACAGCUAGCAACUUCCAGUCCCUACCAGAUGACAGUGUCGAUAAGGUAGCUGAACAUGUGGGCUAUAUUCAAGAUCAUGUAGAAGCUAAGGUUGUAGAUGAGAAUGGCAAAACAGUACCAUUUGGCGAGAGUGGCGAACUGAUGAUCCGCGGGUAUGUGAAUAUGAUUUCAUAUUGGAAUGACCCAGAAAAAACCAAAGAGACUAUAAAUGAAGAAGGAUGGCUGCAUACUGGCGAUAAAUUUAAGUUAUCCCCUGACGGCUAUGGUACUAUUGUUGGAAGAAUUAAAGAAAUAAUAGUUCGAGGUGGUGAAAACAUUGCACCAAAAGAAAUCGAAGAUCUUUUGAAUACUCACCCUGAUAUUGUUGAAAGCCAGGUCAUUGGUGUUGCAGAUGAAAGAUUAGGAGAAGAACUAUGUGCUGUUUUAAGGAUCAGAGAAGGCGCUAAACUGGGUCUUGAUGAAAUUAAAUCAUUCUGUUCAGGCAAAAUGGCUAAAUUUAAGAUACCAAGAAUAAUGAGAAUAGUCGAUAGCUUUCCGAAAACAGCAUCAGGAAAAAUUCAAAAAUUUAGGCUGAAAGAAAUGAUGGAAUCGGGAAAAUUAUAAAAAUCCAAAAUUUUGAGCUUAUUGUUUUAUUUU